AUGCCGCUCCCGCGCCUCCUCCUGGUGCUGCGGCCGCUGCCGCUGCUGCUGCUGCUGCUGCCGUCUCCCACCACCCCGGGCCCCCUGGCCCACCCGGGCUCCCGGCGGCUGGGGACCCGCGGCCCCGGGGGCAGCCCUGCACCCGCGGCGUCCACCCGCGCGCCCUACUCCGCAGGUGUAUGCAAGAGCAGGCCGCUGGACUUGGUCUUUAUCAUCGACAGUUCUCGGAGUGUACGGCCUCUGGAGUUCACCAAAGUGAAAACCUUUGUCUCCCGGAUCAUUGACACUCUGGACAUCGGGGCGGCCGGCACACGGGUGGCCGUGGUGAACUACGCGAGCACCGUGAAGAUCGAGUUCCAACUCCAGACCUACUCAGACAAGCAGUCCCUGAAGCAGGCCGUGGCGCGGAUCACGCCCUUGUCGACAGGCACCAUGUCGGGGCUGGCCAUCCAGACAGCCAUGGAGGAGGUCUUCACGGUGGAGGCGGGAGCCCGGGGGCCUGCCUCCAACAUCCCUAAGGUGGCCAUCAUCGUGACAGACGGGCGGCCCCAGGACCAGGUGAAUGAGGUGGCGGCUCGGGCCCGGGCAUCCGGCAUUGAGCUCUAUGCCGUGGGUGUGGACCGGGCAGACAAGGAGUCUCUCCAGAUGAUGGCCAGUGAUCCCCUGGACGAGCACGUGUUGUACGUGGAGACUUACGGGGUCAUCGAGAAGCUGUCCUCCAGAUUCCAGGAAACCUUCUGCGCUGUGGACCCCUGUGUGCUUGGCACGCACCAGUGCCAGCACGUGUGCAUCAGUGAUGGGGACGGCAGGCACCACUGCGAGUGCAGCCAAGGCUACACCUUGAAUGCUGACAAGAGAACGUGUUCAGCUGUGGACCUGUGCGUGCUUGGCACGCACCAGUGCCAGCACGUGUGCAUCAGUGAUGGGGACGGCAGGCACCACUGCGAGUGUAGCCAAGGUUACACCUUGAAUGCUGACAAGAGAACGUGUUCAGCUAUCAAUAAGUGUGCUCUUAACACUCAUGGAUGUGAACACAUCUGUGUGAAUGACAGAACUGGCUCUUACCAUUGCGAGUGCUACGAUGGUUACACCUUGAAUGAAGACAGAAAAACCUGCUCAGCUCAAGAUAAAUGUGCUUCUGGCACCCAUGGGUGCCAGCACCUUUGUGUGAAUGACAGAGACGGCUCCCAUCACUGUGAAUGCUAUGAGGGCUACACGCUGAAUGCAGAUAAAAAGACAUGUUCAGUGCGUGACAAGUGUGCUCUGGGCACCCACGGCUGCCAGCAUGUGUGCGUGAGCGAUGGGACGGCGUCCUACCACUGCGAUUGCUUUCCUGGCUACUCCCUGAAUGAGGACAGGAAGACGUGUUCAGCUGUUGAAGAAGCACGGAGACUGAUUUCCACUGAAGACGUCUGUGGGUGUGAAGCCACGGUGGCUUUCCAGGAGAAGGUUAGCUCGUAUCUUCAGAGACUCAACACCAAACUUGAUGACAUCUUGGAGAAGCUGCAAGUAAAUGAAUAUGGACAAAUACAUCGCUAACUUGCUCAAAAUUUUCACCCAGCAGUGUGGAGAGCGUGGCGUACUUAAUACUCAUUCUUUUGCACACUUGUAUCUUCAGUGUUCCUGCUAAUAAUUUGCCUUUAUAAAUGCUUGAAAACUACUGGGUAAAUAGUAUGAGGAUCUUCUGAAAACCAGUAUAAUUUUUCCAAGGAAGUAAACUCUUCAUUAAGAGCAAACUUUAGUGUCUCUGAGCUACAACUGUGAAAUGUUUGGUGGGAAAGAGAAGAAAAAGUUUACUAUCUCUUUCUUUAUCUACUAAUUGAGCCAUUUAAUUUUAAAUGUUUAUAUUAGUAAGAUAAACAUGUUCACGAUGGAGACUUUAGAUCUACUCUUGACAGUAUAUAGAAUAUAAACCAGUUUUAUUACUGAGAGUGCAAAUUGUACAAAUUACACAUAAAAAAGUUUAUAUAAUUGAGAUAAGUACAAUUUAGAAAUGUUUCUUUGAACACUUUUUGGCCUUUGCUGAAGUAUCAUUGAAGUUGUGAGCAACGGAUUGUAAUUCAUAUAGCUAAAAUGGGAUAACAGAUGAAGUGACCAUUACAUGACAUUUUUUAUUCAUUCUGGUCUUCAAAAUGCACAAACAGCAAUAGAUGUGAAUUUAGGAUGUUAAGCAUUUUACCAAGGACAAAAAAAUACAAAUUUAUCAUUUUGCUUCAAUUGAUAAAAUUAUAUAUUUAUAAAGUUGAUAUAACAAGCAACAAAAUCUAACGUUGCUUUUUAAUGUCAGCGAUACACCUUUUUCACUUA